UCAACAUUUUAUUAGCCAAGGCUUCUGCUUAUUGGACCCAGAACAAAAUUGUAGGAAGUUUGGUGACAAUAGCUAUAGCAGUGACUGAGUUAUUAGAGGACAACAAAACACAUAUACUUUCCAAACUAAAAUUUAAUUUUUAUCUUGAUCUUGCAUCUGCAGAGAUGGCGUUAUUUCAAAUAUUGCUGUGUCUAUUCGCCGUUGCCAUAUCGCCAAAUGAGUCAUUAUAUCUGGCUCAAAAACGAGGUUUCACAGAUAUUGGCUGCAUGGGGACGUACGAUCCACACAGUUAUGCACGCUUAGAAGCGAUUUGUGAAGAAUGUUACCAACUUUAUAGGGUACCCGAUAUUUUCAAUAGAUGCAGGUCAAACUGUUUCAAGAAUUCAUAUCUUCGAAACUGCACCAAGGCACUUCUUUAUACGGAUGAAGAAGAUGACCUGGAAGAAAUGGUUAGAAUAUUAUUCGGAAAGAGGAGAUGAAGUUACUGCCACAUGUGAGGACAGCUCAAAUCUCUUUUAAAUUAUUGCACACUUUGUUAUUCUUUUUUAACUGAAGGCUGCUAAUUAUAUAUGAAGCCUCCUUAAACACCUACCAAAAAAAAAAAAAAAAAAAAAAAAAAAAAAAAAAAAAAAAAA